AUGUCUCAACCAAUUGAUUCUCGUAUUAAUGAUUAUAUAAAUGAAUAUCUUACUUCGAAAGGUUAUUCAAAUACAGUUAAUACAUUUUUACAAGAACGACAAGAUCAUCAAGAACCGAUUGAUGAAAUUAAUAAUGAAAAUUUAGAUAAGAAAGAAAAAGAGAAGGAAACAUAUAAUACUAUCAAAGAAAAUAUGUUAAAACAAUUAGAUGAUGGUAAUCGAGAAGAAUUCUUUCAACUUUGGUCAGAACAUAUUCCAUCAAAUAUUGUCAAUAAUGAUUCAACAAUGAAAUCACUUGAAUUUUUAAUUUAUACACAUUUUGCUGUUUAUUAUUUACGCUCAAAUAUAUCAGAUAAUAAUGAAUUAUUAGCUCAAGAAAAUAUGGAAGUAUUUAAAGUAUAUAUUGAAUCAAUCAGAGGUCGCGCUAUAUCACAAACAAGUGAUUUAUUACCUUUAUUUGCCUUACCAUAUGUUACAGAACCAGAAAAACAUGCUUCUUUUCAAGAAUUAUUUUCAGACGAAUGGCCAGUACAAUUACGCAUAAAAGUAUCAAAUUUUUUAGAUUGGAUUUUUUCAAAUCGUUCAUCACCAAAUCUCGUUGAAUUAUUACAAAAUGGUGCACGUGCAUCACAUGUAUUAGUACAAUUAAAUAAUGAAAAUGAAGAACUUAAAUAUCGAAAUAGAGAAACAAGUAGACAACUUAAAAAUUUAAGUACAGAUUAUUAUAAUUUAAUUAAUAUUACAAUGGAAUUAGUUGAAACAUUACAACAAGCUAUUGUAGGAAAAACUAUUACAAACGAUUAUAUUGAUAACGUUUGUGCACGUCUUCUUCUAGCAAGAACACAAGAAUCAAUGUCUAAUAUGUUAAAUUCUUCUCAAUUAGGCACUGAUGAUCCGUUUAUAGAAAAAUUAGAUUAUGGUAAAAUAAAGCGAGAUAUUGUGAGCAUAUCAACUAGUGCACGUGAAAAAGCUCUUUUACUUCAAGCACUUCGAUGGAAAUUAACUAAAGCUAAAUCAGAUUUCCAACGUGAGAAAAUGCUUGAAAGUUUUAUUGGUUGUGAUUUACUUGGAUGUCGUUCUGAUAUUGAACAACAAGCGAAAAUUAUUAAACAAUUAUCAUCACCAAUUGGUAGUGAUGCAUAUUAUGUUAAGGAAGAAUGGGCUCGUUUAAUUAAUACGAUUGCUUCAUUAAGAAAAGGUCGAAAUUAUUUAGCACCAAAUGAAUCAUUAAUUAUUUCUAUGCAAAAAGCAGCGAUUUCUGAAGCAUCGGACACACUUAUUAAACAACAUUUAUUAGCUGCACUACAAAAACUUAGUCUUAGACGAUCUGUACAAACUAUAAUGAUUAAUCAAAAUACAAUCAAAUGGUUAAUACCAUUAUUAAGUCAUACUGAUCGUCUAUCUGAUUAUACUUUAGAGUAUGGAGUUGCACUAUUGAUGAAUUUAUGUUUACGUACAAAUGGUCGUAAAAAAUGUGCAGAAAUAGCUGAACAAGCAAUAACUGUACUAUCAUCUCUAUUGACUCAUCCAAAUCAAGAAACUCGACCUUAUGUAAACUCUUCACUAUAUUCAAUUUUAACUCUAAAAUCUAUACGUGAUAGAGCUAUGAGCCUUAAUCUUGACAAUCAUCUACGAUCUCUUAUUCGAGUUGAAAAAACAAAUUCUGAAACGAAAGGUCAAUUAGAAUUUUUACUCAAUCUUUUAUUGAAAGGUGGUGAUCAAGAUGGUAGACAAACAUCAGAUAAUGAACAAGAUAAUGAUGAUGAAGAUCAAGAUAUUAUGGAAGCUGAUUUAGAUCUUGCUGAUAAAUUACGUGCUACAGAUAAAGAAUUAAGUGGAGAUAUAUUGAUUGAUGAACAUUAUAUUUCUCAGAAAAUACCUCCUAAUAAUAAAUUACAACGUGCAACAACUAAUAAUAUGAAAUCUAAAUCAACAAAUGAUCCUGUUCUUCAUCGACCAACAACUCCUGGUCACGUACGUCAAUCAAUGGCUGCACAUGCAGUUGAUUCUUUAGUUAAUAGUCUUGCUAUGGAUGAUUUGUAUCGUAGUCAUAGUGAUGGAUUUGAUAGUAUAAUUUAUACUGAUUCAACAAAAAAAACAUUUUUCAUCAAAUAA